AUGAAACUCUCACUUGGUACACCAUCCCACCUCUACUGGGCCACUCUCGUCACUGUUAGCGACCUCAUAUGGACGAUGUGCCGUCCUUGUGACUCCUGCUCCGGCCAAACAUCAAUGUUUGAUCCACUUCAGUCAUCCACCUACAAGAGCCAGACCUGCUCUGCCAGCUCUUGCAUGGAACUGCCCAUUCAUGGUUGCACUAUCAACCAACUUUGCGGAUUCAUGUAUUCCUAUGAAGACAAAUCCUUCGUAGAAGUGAUACUGGCCUCGGAAACGCUCUUGUUUGACAAUGGUGCUGGCACCAUCAAGCUUCCAGAAAUUGUCUCUGGUUGUGUUCAUCAGGAUGGCCCUCCUAAUCCCUCCUUGCUUGAAGUUCCUGACCUUGUUGGCCUCGGAGGUGGUCCUCUCUCACUUGUAAAUCAGAUUGGCUCUUCUAUUGAUGGUAAAUUUGCCUACUGUCUUCCUCCCAAUAGCAAACAGCUCAAAUCCGGUAAGGACGCAGAGUUUUCAGGCCAGGAAGGGGUUCAAGAAAUGCCGAUGGCACCAGACUGGAAGCUUCCACCUUCAAAUAUCCUCACCAAGGCAGACCUAUCCUCUAUGGCAGAAUCAAGGAGCGCCUUCACCUUCGAGGCAACCGAGCCUCUAUCCACUGGAGCCUACUCAUCACCAGCAAGGAUUGCCGUAGCCGAGAAGGAGACCCCUCUUGUAUUCCAGCAGCAAUCGGCAGAAGCUUUCACUUCCCUCGGCCAGGUGGGCCGAGUCCUUCAUCCUCGGUUGCUGAAAUACUUGAGGGCAGCACCAAGCUGCCGGUUCUCACCUGAGUCCUUUGCUGCCCUAAGCCAGGACCGACUGGCAGGGAUUUUUGAGCCGGGGUUGCUGUCCGGCUGGGCAGAGAAGGCACGAAAGGAAAAGAAAAUGUGGAUGAAGUUGAAGCUAUGGCUAUCAAGAUAA